UAGGACAGAGGCCAGCAAGCAUGCCCCAGAGGUACAGAUGUAUAUGUCUCCCAGGAAGUCUCUGUGGGUGAAGGACUGAUCUCAAGUUGUGGCUGACACUAGUUAAAGCCAAGUUAGAGGGCUGUUUCAGGGUCUACACUGAGACUACAGUUGAUAUGCCUACCUCCUGAGACACUAGUGUGUGAGUCUCCUCCUGGACCCCUGGGCAAAUGGUUUUGGCAGCAUGACCAAGGCCUAAUGGGGCUGAAGGCAAGUCCACAGGAGGAUGGGUCCCUUUUCAGGUCUGGAGAUGGAAUCACUGUUGUACGGUCCCUGACAUCACACACUGCAGAGAUGGAUAACCAAGGAGUAAUCUACUCAGACCUGAAUCUGCCCCCAAACCCAAAGAGGCAGCAACGAAAACCUAAAGGCAAUAAAAGCUCCAUUUUAGCAACUGAACAGGAAAUAACCUAUGCGGAAUUAAACCUUCAAAAAGCUUCUCAGGAUUUUCAAGGGAAUGACAAAACCUAUCACUGCAAAGAUUUACCGUCAGCUCCAGAGAAGCUCCUUGUUGGGAUCCUGGGAAUUAUCUGUCUUGUCUUAAUGGCCUCUGUGGUAACGAUAGCUGUUAUUCCCUCUACAUUAAUACAGAAGCACAACAAUUCUUCCCUGAAUACAAGAACUCAGAAAGCACAUCAUUGUGGCCAUUGUCCUGGGGAGUGGAUUACAUAUUCCAACAGUUGUUAUUACAUUGGAAAGGAAAAAAGAACUUGGGAAGAGAGUUUGCUGGCCUGUGCUUCGAAGAACUCUGGUCUGCUUUCUAUAGAAAAUGAAGAAGAAAUGAAAUUUCUGGCCAGCAUUUCACCUUUCUCAUGGAUUGGUGUGUUUCGUAACAGCAGUCAUCAUCCAUGGGUGACAAUAAAUGGUUUGGCUCUCAAACAUGAGAUGAAAGACUCAGAUCAUGCUGAACAUAACUGUGCGAUGCUAUCUCUACAUGGACUUAAAUCAGACCAGUGUGGAUCUUCAAAAAUAUAUCAUUGUAAGCAUAAGCUUUAGAAGUAAAGUGUUUGCGUUUGCAGUGCAUCAGAUAAAUU